AUGCGCAAAUCGAUUAAUCAAAUGAUUGACAAGAAGACGCUUGCCCAGGUCAUCAUCAACCACAUCGUCGAAAGAGCAACGACUGAUGUUCAACUCCACGAAACUAUUCUUUGCCUGCGAAUGAUCAUCAAGCCGAUCGAAGCACUUCAAUCGCUCAAGAAAUAUCUAGAAAAUGCGACCAAGAAGAGCUCAACUAGCAACCUUGGUUACUCCGAAACAACUCUCAGAAGAACUGGAAGCAGAAGAUGCUCGAGAAGCAAUUCCAUCGCUCAGAGCUUUUCUGCAGGGACGAUCAAACGCUCACGACUGAACAGAAAAUCCCACCGAGAAUCGGUUCGAUACACAGUGAUCCAGGCAGAAUCAGAAUCCGAGGAGGAGAACAUCAUGGAAAAUAACCACGUCCGCGUCGUUGAAGCCUUCGACGAAAUAGUCUCGGAACUCGAAAGUGUCUCGCUCGUCGCCAAGUGCCGUUCCCUCAUUCGCCCGUCUUCGAUAAAGAGUCAAAGGCCUCAAUCUGCGUAUGUUCCGAAAGGAUUCGGCUCGACCUCGUCUUCGGGCGUGUCGAGUCCGGACAUGGCCGACCGCGAUUCAGGUUACCAAAGCUCGAUUUUCGACGAUGGAGAAGAUUCAUCAGCUCAAUGCACAGAAAAAAUAUUCAAAAUCGUCGAUUUCUGGUCCAAAUCAUUUCCGGGCGAUCUCCAGAUUCCCGAAACUCUCCACAUCCUCAUGGGCAUUCUCGAACAUCUCCGCUCGCAAGAAAUUAUUUCUCUUCAACAAUCCUCAGACAUCGUCCUUCGCGUGCACCGACAUUCUGCACUGCUUUGUAAUCGGCUUGUAGCGCCGCGAUUUCAGCCUGAAGUCGCCAAGAAAAAUCUCAGGCUGAAACCGUUCGUGAAAAACUACUCCGUUGAUGUCCUGGCAGAGUAUUUAACUUGCAAAGAAUUGCAAUUUCUUCGACAAACUUGCCAAGAAGAUUUUUUAACGUUUGGAAAACGGCGGAAGAACUCGCUUGAUUUGUGGGCAGAGUGGUUCAACGAACUCUCCCAACAAGCUGCUGCUCAAGUUUGCCUCUCAUCGAAGACGUCCCAAGCGGUGGAAGUUGUCGAACAUCUUGUCGAAGUAGCGAUUCGGUGUUGCGAUGUUGGAAAUUGGAAUUCAGCCAUGGCGCUGAGCCUGGGAUUAAGUUCCACGCCGGUCAGUCGACUCGUAAAAGUGAAAUCAAAGGUGCGCAGCCAGCGUUUGCGCGUGCUCAAGCACAUCACGGAUCCGAGCUUUAAUUUCAAAAACUAUCGCAUCAUCUCAAAACAUCAAUCGAAGUCGCUCCCGUGCGAAAUCCCCUUCGUCUCUUUGUUGGUGAAAGACGCCUGCUUUCAGGCGGAGGAAAUCCGCAAACUUGGUCAGGAAGCGCCACUUCCCACUGAAAAGCUCUUCCACGCCUUUUCACAGACUGCACUGCCACUGUCCAAAUUGUACGAAAGACAACAAAACCCGCCAUCUCAAAAGCUAAACGCAACGCUUGACGCAGAAUUCCGGCUGUGUGACUUUUCAAAGUCCGACGAUUUCCUGUUUAUGGGCAGUUUUAAGCUUGAAUCCCCCGCCAAUGCCUUUGAGAAGAGUCUUUACAAGCAGACGAAGCAAAAGAUCAAAAACGCUUUUUAA